AUGGGCAAGUGUCUCGGUCUUCACGCUGCCAUGGAGCUCCGAAGUCACUGAUGAGACCAGAAGUGGCAUGAUAGACAGUACAAGGAAGCUCAUUUGUGCACAGCCAUGCAGGCCAAACCUUCUAGAGGCACUUCCCAUGCAAAGGGAAAAACUGUGCUGGAAAAAGUAGGGGUUGAGCCCUGGCCAGCAAAUUCUGCCAUCAGGAAGUAUGUCAGGGCCCAGCUGAUCAAGAAUGGCAGAAAAAUCACAGCCUUUAUAUCCAAUGAUGGUUGUUUAAAUUUUAUUGAGGAAAAUGAUGAAGUUCUGCUUGCUGGAUUUGGUUGCAAAAGUCAUACUGGAGUUCACUUUAAAGUUGUCAAAGUAGCCCUGGCUGCCAGUGUCUCUCUUUUGGCCUUAUACAAAGGCAAGAAGGAAAGACUGAGAUCAUAA